AUGCAUCUUAUAUAUCAAGAGGCAGCAGAAGUAGCAGUUUGGCUUGGUGAUGAGGAUAAAGAGAGCUUGCUGGCAUGGGAACUAAUCGAAGAUUUCGAGCGUUGUCAAGGAGACGUCAAUGCCACCAGAGAUCUCAUCAAUAUUUCCCGCGAGCGACAAUUUGCUGGACUUCUGUCAUUAUUUCGACGGGACUACUUCUGGCGAAUAUGGGUCGUGCAAGAGAUCACCUGUGCUCAAAAGGCCAGGGUGCAUUGCGGUUCUAAGACCAUAUCUUGGUCAAAUCUUCAUAGAAUUGGGAACGAUAUGGAGAGACUCCGCGAAACGCUCCGGGAUACCAUCUAUCGCAACAAGCCAGCAGCACUUUUUAGUCUGAUGACUGGUGGCCCCAAGAGUUUGAAAGUAGCUUCGGAUGAGACAUUCGUGGAAGAAAAGGCCCCUCCGUUGUUUGAUUUGUUACAGUUGCAUAUGAGCAAGCUGUCUACAGACCCUCACGAUAAAGUCUAUGGUCUCAUGGGCAUUGCUUCGGACGGAUCAUCUUUCGGACCAAUCGAUUAUGCGCGUUCUCCUCGAGCAACCUUUGUUCACACGGCUUGUUGUAUCAUUCGCAACACGAAGAAGCUAAAUGCGAUUUGUUUACGGCAGGACGACGACAACAUCUAUAAUUUACCAUCCUGGGUUCCUGAUUGGGAACGAAGAAACCUGCAUCCAAGUCACCGAGUUGUCGGUCUACACAUCCGCCGACCACCUUUUGCGGCAGCAAAGGAUACACAUGCCGAUGCAAAGUUUAAAGAGGACAAAGAAGUCUUAUUAACUAGUGGUUUUGUAGUUGACAUAAUUACCACAGCAGCCAAGCCCCUCUACCUCGAUGGUCCAGAAAGUGAAACGACUCCAACUUUGAUUGCUUUCCAUAACUGGUUCACCGUUUACACGAACAACGUUAGAGAAAAAGAUCUCGAUGUAUUUGCACGAACGUUCUGCGGCGGGGCUUGGUAUCCCCAAUAUUCGGAAUUCGAGAAAGAUUUGUCGCAGCGACUCGUAUUCUUCUUUGCUGAAUAUCACGGAAUACCACAAGUACUCGAAGCUCGCGAGUAUGCCAUGGUGUCGUCCGCCGCUCUGCGCAUGCACGCCAAAAGGUUCAUUGUCACACGAACGAAACUUGCUGGCCUUGCUCCGCAAGAAGCACAGGAAGGCGACAAGAUAGUUGUGCUAUUGGGAUGCGACUUUCCGGUGGUGAUGCGGGAUAUGGGAAGCUACUGGAAGCUGAUUGGAGAGGUAUACGUGGACGGGAUCAUGUAUGGCGAAGCAAUGGAGAGUUUUCCCUCCAGUAUUUAUGAGAAGUGUACUUUUUCGAUUCGUUAG